AUGGCACCAAAAGUUCUUUUAGUAUUGUACGAAGGUGGCGCCCACGCCAAACAGGAGCCCAAGUUGUUGGGAUGCUUGGAAAACGAAUUGGGGAUCAGAGAGCUCGUGGAGUCCCAUGGGUACGAGUUGGUGACCACUUCCAACAAGGACCCCAUUGGCCUGUCAGAGGUAGACAAGCAUUUGCCCGAGACUGAGGUGAUCAUCACCACUCCUUUCUUCCCUGCGUACAUUACGAAGGAGAGAAUUGACAAGGCCCCCAACUUGAAGCUUUGUGUCACUGCCGGUGUGGGCUCCGAUCAUGUCGACUUGAACGCAGCCAAUUCAAAAAAUAUAACCGUGGCUGAGGUAACCGGCUCGAAUGUUGUCUCUGUGGCCGAGCACGUUAUGCUGACCAUCUUAAAUUUGGUAAGGAAUAUUAUUCCAUCGCAUGAGAUGGCUAUUCAGGGCGGCUGGGACAUUGCCGGUUGCGCUAAGAACGAGUACGACUUGGAAGAUAAGGUUGUUGCAACAGUUGGAGCAGGCAGAAUCGGCUACCGUGUGUUGGAGAGAAUGAUUCCCUUCAACCCCAAGAAGCUCUUGUACUAUGACUAUCAGGAGCUUCCACCUGCUGCAACAGACAAGUUGAACAAAGCUUCGGAGCUUUUCAACGGUAAAGGCAACAUUGUGGAGAGAGUUGAAAAAUUGGAGGACAUGUUAGCCCAAGCUGAUGUAGUGACCAUCAACUGUCCUUUGCAUGAGAAGUCGAGAGGCUUGUUUAACAAGGACACCAUUAGCCACAUGAAGGAUGGCGCUUGGUUGGUUAACACUGCUAGGGGGGCCAUUUGCGUGGCUGAGGAUGUCGCAGAGGCCGUCAGUUCUGGUAAGCUCAGAGGAUACGGUGGCGAUGUAUGGUACCCACAGCCUGCUCCUGCUGAUCACCCAUGGAGAAGCUUUAGGAAUAAGUACGGUGGAGGUAACGCAAUGACCCCACACAUUAGUGGUACCUCGUUGGAUGCACAGGCCAGGUAUGCUGCUGGCACAAAAGCAAUUUUGAAGAGCUACUUCGAGAAGACUUUCGACUAUCGUAAGGAGGACCUUAUUGUGAUUGACGGUGACUACGCCACCAAGGCCUACGGCCUGCGUAAAUAA